CGCCGGCCUUGGUUCCGGCCUCCGCCGGGCACGACGUACAGACUCACCGAUGAUACUGAAUUUGAAGUGACUCAACUAAAAUAAUGUCAGUUUUCCAGCAUUUUGAUGGAGCUCGAGUGCUUCAUUCCUUUAACAGAGCUCUUCGUCACCCAUCAUCAUCAAGUUCUUACUUCUCCGGUCGCUACUGCUCCAAACUCACCCCAAAUGCUCAUCGGAAAGUCCCAUAUUUUGGAUGUGGCAGCAUGGUGUCAAGGCAUGAAUUCAGAUCAGUAUCUGAUGCCAAUAUUCUAUUCUUCAAAUUGGGAAGGCAUACUAUUGCACCAUCUUGUUCAUUGUUGAGCCUUCGGCACCAAUAUGCAACUACAGCAACUUCCACAGAGAAGAAAUCAAAGAAGAUGUUGUUUUACUUAACGGGGUUGGUUUUUGGGAUGGUUGGUUUGAGUUAUGCUGCAGUUCCUUUGUACAGGAGGUUCUGCCAAGCUACAGGCUAUGGAGGUACAGUGACUCGCAAGGAGAGUGUUGAAGAAAAGAUUGCUCGACAUGCCAAAGAUGGAACUGUUAGUACUAGGGAGGUGGUUGUACAAUUUAAUGCUGAUGUGGCUGAUGGAAUGCCUUGGAAGUUUACUCCUACACAACGAGAGGUAAGGGUAAAGCCAGGAGAGAGUGCCCUUGCUUUUUACACUGCUGAAAAUAAAAGCUCAACUCCAAUAACUGGUGUAUCAACAUAUAAUGUCACUCCGAUGAAGGCUGCGGUGUAUUUCAAUAAAGUGCAGUGCUUUUGCUUUGAGGAGCAACAAUUACUUCCCGGGGAGCAAAUUGACAUGCCCGUAUUCUUUUACAUCGACCCUGAGUUCGAAACGGAUCCCAAGAUGGAUGGCAUCAACAGCUUGAUUCUCUCGUAUACAUUCUUCAAGGUUUCCGAUGAAUAGUAGUUCUUCUUGGGUGAGUAAACCCCCCCGACAAGAACAAAAACAAAACCCACUCUAAACCGAAUUCCUUGAUUUAUUUAUAGACUAUAUUCACCUAUUGUUUCAUAAUAGGUUUGCACUUCCAUGGCAUGUUUAAUAAAUUUGAACCUAGUGAAAAAAAACAAACAUUUCUGUUCAGGUCCAUCAUGUAACUAACUACAUUUCUCAAAGAUAUGUUUAUAUUCUCAGCCAUCUUUGGUCUGAAU